AUGCCCGGCCUCCUGCUGAAUCCGGACACCGAGUUCAAAACGCUUCAGAUCAAGAAGCUUCACCCGACUUUUGCAGCUGAGAUCGAAGGCGUUGAUUUUUCAAAGCCUAUUCCAGAUGAUGUGUUCCAUGAAAUUCUCGCUGCCUCUGCUAAAUAUGGAGUGAUCGUAUUCCGCAAGACUGGGCUGGACGACACAAGCCAUGUUGAAUUUUCUCGCCGCUUCGGUGAUUUGGACGAUAUCAGACCGUAUAUGACAAAUGGAAGAAAACCUCGGUACGAGUAUUACGAGCUUUUUGACGCUGGAAACAUUGAUCCCGAAACAAACUCGGUUCUCAAACCCGACAGUCCGCGUGCUCAGUAUAACAAAGGCAAUGCUUUGUUUCACGUCGACUCCUCCUUCAAUCCCCGACGAGCAUCUUACUCGAUUUUAAAGGCCCAUGAACUCCCACCGCCCAAUACGGGAGGUAACACCGGGUUUGCCGACACUCGAACAGCAUUUGAAGAGCUCGAUCCGGAAUUAAAGGAUGAAUUAUUGGAGCACGACUAUAUUGGCGCCCACUCAUUGUAUUCGUCACGCAAGAAAGCCGCGCCGGAAUACUUCAAAGACCUGGACGUCACGAAGUACCCGAUGCACAAACAUCGCAUUGUGCAGAAACAUGAGCCAUCUGGUCGAAUGAACCUGUAUAUCGCCGCGCACAUGGACCAUGUGGUAGACGUGCCCGCAGAGAAAUCAAAGGAGUUGAUGGAGAAACUCAUGGCGCAUGCAACUCAGGAGAAAUACACUUUGAGUAUCCCCUGGAACGACCCUGGUGAUCUGAUUAUUUGGGACAAUACCUGCGUCAUGCACAGAGCUGAGGGUGGGUCAUUUGCUGGGAAAUUCAGAAGAGAUUUGAGAAGGACCACGGUGCAUGACGAUAGCACUCAGGCAUGGGGACUCAACGCACCUGCGGACAAGAGACCGGGUUUUGCAUUAUAUAACCUGUAG